AUGGCUACAGUCGCUGAAGAAAAAACGCUGAGCUUGUCACGGGCCUGGUGGGUGGCGGCGGCGAGGGCGGCGACCGGAACCCUCUUCCUGGGCGCAGUGGCGGCGGUCGUGUCUCGGCUAAUGGACUACUUCAUCGUGAAAGGAACUCACACUGGAGAGAAACCUUAUGAAUGUAACCAAUGUGGUAAAGCCUUUGCACGUAACAUUAAUCUCCUAAUACAUGAAAGAACUCAUACUGGAGAAAAACCUUAUGAAUGUACCCAAUGUGGUAAAGCCUUUGCACAUAAGAGUAGUCUCCUGAUUCAUGAAAGCACUCACACUGGAGAGAAACCUUAUGAAUGUAAGCAAUGUGGCAAAGCCUUUGCACAGAACAGUAAUCUCCUACUACAUAAAAGAACUCACACUGGAGAGAAACCUUAUGAAUGUAACCAAUGUGGUAAAGCCUUUAGUCAGAAAACCUUUGUACGUAACAUUAAUCUCCUAAUGCAUGAAAGAACUCACACUGGAGAGGAACCGUAUGAAUGUAACCAAUGUGGUAAAGCCUUUGCAAGUAAUAGUCAUCUCUUAAGUCAUAAAAAAACUCACACUGGAGAGAAACCUUAG